UCCCUCUUUCGGUGGGGCGUUCAGAGUUGCACUCUUCAACUUUUCAGGAUCUCUGCUCAAAGUGUCCCGCGUCCUGCCAUGCGGGGACUGUAACGCUUUUUUCGGAUUGCUGCUGUGUUUUGUGGCGCUGCUGAGACAUGGCUCCGUUUGGAAAAAACUUCCUGAAAGCUCGUCAGAAAAACAGGACAAAAGAUGGCGAACUUGUGGAAGGAAAGGAGAUUCAGGUUACGGUCUGCAAAGAGGAGAAGGUUGUCUGUGGAGUAACCAAACACACAACAUGUGCAGAUAUGAUUCAGGCGCUGCUGGAUGACCACAAGUCAAUCCCAGAGAGCAAGAGGCUCCUGCACGGGGAACCCAAAGACUUCUGCCUGGUGGAGCGCUGGAAGGGUUUUGAGAGAGCCUUGCCUCCUCUCACCAGAAUCCUGAGACUCUGGUACGCCUGGGGCGACCAGAGACCCUUCAUCCAGUUUACUCUGGUCAAAAUAAGCGAUUUUGUGCCUCAGCCCGCCAAGAAGGCUGGAAAGCCAAAGGGCGCCAAGCCAAAGCGAUGGGAGCACGGUCAGCUCACCCAGCCUCUGCCGGUGGAGAGGCAGAAGCGCCUGGUCAAGAAAGCUUUCCGGAAACUGGAGAAGAUUCACAAGGAGAGCAAGAGUUCCCCGGGUUCUGACGAGGUCGACCGGAUGGUGCAGCUCAUUCUCAACCAAGACCACACCAUCCGGGAGCAGAUCCAGCGCAUCAGGGAUCUGGAUUUGAACGUCGAGCAGUUUGAGGUGCAGAAGGAAGCCGAGAGUUCAUCGGCUCAGGCUUCAAGUGAGAGUUUGGAGGCACACAGUGAGGAGCAGCUGCAGGAGUACCUGUACACGAGCGAUGGGGUGGAACAGCUUGAUCUGCAGAUUCAAAGGCACCAGGACCUCAUCCUCCAGCUGUCCCGGGACAUUGACUCUGAGCUAAGGACGGGCGACUUCCCUCUGAGCCAAUAUGAGGACAGCGAACAGGAAGGAGCCGCGGCUGCUUCCUGGAUCCCCUCGGACACCGACGAAUCGUUCUACACAGCUGAACUCGAGAGGUUGCAGGACGAAGUGAAACACAGCCUCUUCACCGGCGUUGCCCUUCACAACCAAACUGCAGAAAUAGACAAGCAGUUGAAGUACUUUGACGCUACGCUGGUCUCCAAGGAUCAGGAAUGCUGGCAGCUGGCUGCUCAGCUGAGCUCAAUGCAAAUUGGGGAUGGAAGAAAAGAGGAGGAGUCCAGUGUCGCCCCUCUGAAAAGUGAGACUCAGUGCAGCGUCUCUCAGACAGUGAAACUCAAACACAGCCUGUCCCCUCUAGACAUUACAGACACAGACUCAGACACUGGGAUUAGCUCCACACACAGCCAGGACUCGCUGUCACCGUGUCUGGACUUCCCUCCCCCCCUCGACACAGACGUUUGAACAACCCAGUUGACCCUGCAGUUUAUUGUUCUGUAUGCACAGUGUGUGCCUGACGUGUGUUAUCAUUACAUUCAUGGAACAGAGCUAAGCAACGUUUUCUUCUGAACGACCCCGGACUAUUAUUUAGGAAACACAAAGGUAAUUCAGCUGGAAACAUUUAGAUCAGACAGAAAAUGAUUAGCAACUUUGUUGACUGUCGUUUUUAAUGAAAUGUGUAAAAAUGUUUGGUAUCGGCUUCUCAGAUGUAAGUUCAUGCUGAGUUGUUAUCAAGGUAUUGCAAAUAUUGUUUGUGUUUUAGGCUGCUGGUCAACAACAUAAUGUACGGGAGCGGAUUAUGGCCACGACAAAAAACAGAAUUCUGUAAUUAAAGUCAGAUUCCCAAACUUUUUUUUAUUAAUAUCUGUAAAAACAUGAAUUAAUUAAUAAAUUAUUAUUCUUUAUGGUCAGCCGUAUUUAUCGACAAUGCUAUUUUCUUAGCAAACAAUGAUUAGGUCUCUGAUUCUGAUGUAAUGAAAACAUGCCAGGGGACACACUGGAGUUAUGUGUGUGCCAGCUACAGUCCAUUACUUUUGAUGUUGGCUGGGUUUCCAGACUUGUAAGUGUACAUUUUUUCACCAAAAAAGCAAAGACUACUUCCUAGGUAUAACCAUCCUUAAGGUGUGUUACCCUUAGUUACGUAAGCAUUGUUUUUGUAACACUCAAUAAUGGUGAAUGUAUGCUUUUUUCCCUUUUGUAUGUUUUAAGCUAUUAAUGAAGCUGCACUUCUUCGUACACACGUAUAAGUCUAUUAACAAUGUUUUAUAUUAAAACAGAUAGUUGUCUUGGAUGUAGAAUUUAAGAUGUGUAAGAAACAUUACAUUCCUCCUGACUACACUGUAAAUACACUUCUGUAUCCGCUAUAAAUGAUUGUUUUUUUAUGACACAGGCACAAUGAGUAAAUUGAUUAAAAAAAACAGAAAGAUAUUUAUUUAGAGAUGAGAUAUUAUUACUAUGACUGUUUAAACUCGGGGACAAUAAUCUCUAUCUGUCACUUACCAAGACUUUGUAUUAAGGGCCAUUAUGACACAAAUGUCUGGACAAUAUCUGUU